CACGCGGACUUAGGGAUAUUAUGGACUGCAACCUGUUGAUUCCUCCUCACACAACCUGCAGGAGCUACUUGUUGACAGGCACGCGCAGCUUUAGGAAGUUCUGGAGAGUGGAUGUGUUUGAGUGGAAUGGAUCCAGUCGGAGGAGUUCUGCUGCUGCUAGUGAAAGUCCGAACCGCCGACGUACGGGAGCGCUCAGAAUAAAGUUUCUUAUGGUGCGUGUUUUUUUUAUCCCGAGACAGCAAAGCGCGCGACAGGAACCAGGGAUGAAAACAGGAGCGAUGCUUUUAUUCUGCUUUAGUGAGUUUUCCAAAUGGCUUGAAACACGACUUUGUUUUAGUUUUUGAUCAGCACUUGUGACUGAAUCCUUUUCGUGUGGACUUUCGGACCGGAAACCGAAACACCGAUCCAGGUACUGCCGGGACUCCAGAGAGCACAGCGGGACGACACCAUGACCAGCCGCCUGCUUGCCCUGGUCGGACUGUGGUGGAGCGCCUAUUAUUGCAUGUUCACGGUCUCGGGGAGUCAUUUUUCACCGGACGCCAACAACGAAGCGCAUCCCGGCUUCGUCCACCGGCGGCUGCGAACGCACGAGAAACGGGAGAUGCAGAAGGAGAUCCUGUCCAUCCUGGGGCUGCCGCACAGACCGCGUCCGCAUCUGUCUCACGGGAAGUUCAACUCCGCUCCUCUUUUCAUGCUGGACUUGUACAACACCAUAUCCAGCGAGGAGAGGAGCCGAGUGGAGGGCGCGCGGGACAGCUCGGAGUCCGUUCGGACGACCCAGAGCUCUCCUCUGGCCACGUACCAAGAAACUGUCUUCCUGAACGAUGCAGACAUGGUGAUGAGCUUCGUCAAUCUGGUGGAGUACGACAGGGAGCUCUCCCCGCAGCGGCGUCACCACAAGGAGUUCAAGUUCAACCUCUCACAGAUCCCAGAGGGCGAGGCCGUCACCGCUGCCGAGUUUCGCCUCUAUAAAGAGUGUGUGAGUGGAGCGUUCCGCAACGACACCUUCCUGCUCCGAGUCUACCAGGUGGUGAAGGAGCAUCUUGACAGAGAGGCAGACCUGUUCCUGCUGGAGUCUCGCAGGCUUUGGGCUGCAGAGGAGGGCUGGCUGGAGUUUGACAUCACUGCUACCAGCAACCUGUGGGUGAUGAGCCCACGGCACAACCUGGGCCUGCAGGUCAGCGUGGAGACCAGCAGCGGGCAGAGCAUCGGCUGUAAGGAGACGGGGCUUGUAGGGCGUGACGGCGCUCUGGAGAAGCAGCCUUUCAUGGUGGCCUUCUUCAAAGUCAGCGAGGUGCAUUUUCGCUCCGCCCGCUCCACCGGUGGAAAACGUCGGCAGCAGAAUCGCAACAGAUCCUCACAGCCGCGAGAGAGAUCCAGAGGGCUGAGCCCUUUAGAUUAUAAUAGCAGCGAUCAGAAGACGGCGUGCAGAAGACACGAGCUAUACGUUAGCUUCAGAGAGCUGGGCUGGCAGGACUGGAUCAUUGCACCUGAAGGCUACGCGGCCAACUACUGUGAUGGAGAGUGCUCCUUCCCUCUGAACGCCCACAUGAAUGCCACCAACCACGCCAUUGUGCAGACCCUGGUGCACCUGAUGAACCCUGAGAAUGUACCGAAGCCGUGCUGUGCCCCCACCAAACUCCAUGCCAUCUCUGUGCUCUACUUUGAUGACAACUCCAACGUCAUCCUGAAGAAAUACAAGAACAUGGUGGUGCGUGCCUGCGGCUGCCACUGACAGCGGUGAAGGUCGGCCGAGCUUCACGUGGACACCGUUUAACUCUGCCCGUUUUUAAUAAUCACGGGGAACUUUGGAAGAAAAUCCACCGAAACCUUAAAUAAAACCAGGAUGGCACAGUAAACAGCUGGAUUUACAGUCAACUAUCCUCCACUCCAGAGUUGAGAAACUUUGUUUAAGCCGACUUGAGCCUUCAACGGUCCAUUGGGUUUAUUAAAGUGUUUAAGGAGCUCAAUAGGCUGCUGCACCCAGAAACGAGUGCAUCUUCUCUUCAGAAAUACAGAAGUUCUAUUAACAAGACAUUUCAAUAAUUACUGAUUAAUGACUUCUAUGCUACUACAGACCCCCGAGGGCGACUCGGUCACCUGCUCAGCUGAUGAAAAGCUGAGUCCAAAUCCAUUUCUCAUUUUAGUGCAAAUCCAAACAGAAAUAUGAAACAUCGGAGUCAGUACAUUCAUAUUUUCUUCUCAAGCCAUAUUUGCUUUCCCCAAAAUAUAAUAUGGACACAACCAAAGUGACCACAGACUAUUUUAGCAGUGGACUGCUCCAAAUAAUGCCCUUCGUGUCAAUAUUUGCCAGUCUCGGGCCGAGCAGCAGCACCACGCACGCCGAGGCCAAGCUGGUGUUUUUUCUCAGAAGAACUGAAGAAUAUGAACUCUAUCCCUGCCACACGCCACAGACGGCUGUGUCUGUGUCGCUGCACUUGCAAAGCUCACAAACCCUUCAGGCCUGACAACCCAUCAACAGAUGGUGGAAAAACAUUCAGCGAGUCCAAAACAACCAGCAGGGUUUUGGUUAGCUUUCUGAAACGGGCGCUUUGCUUUUCUCAACCCUGAGAGUGAAUUCAUCCGUCCUCCCACCAGAGCAGGACGAUACUGAGCCCUGAGUGACGUGGACUUGUAUCAUUACCUUCUGUGCCUAACCAAUCCUAAAUAAGUACAUUAUAUACCUCUGGUAAGCUGCUGUUUACAUUUGUGAUCAUGUUUUUCUGUAAAUACUUGUACAUUCUCAGCUUAUUUAUUGCACCUUUUAUUGAAAAAGAAAAAUAUCACAUUAACACACAAGAACAAAAUGAAAAUACAAACUUAUUUUUACAAAAUUUAUUAUGAAAUCUUAUGUUACAACUUGCCAAUAUUCACUUUUUUUGUACAAAACCUCUGGGUAGUGCACAACCCACGAAAAGAGAAAAAAACAACCUGUCACUGGACUUCAUGGACCAUGUGCUUUCUAUAAAAACCUCUCCUGACAAAAAAAAAAAAAAAAAAGUCCUGCUGUGUCUCCUUUUGUGUACCGGA